AUGGGUUCGUCGCAACCACCCCCAGACCCUUUUGGGCCUUUUGGCUAUCAAAUGGCUUCUGACCAAGAUCCUCCUAUUGCCGAUCCGCCCGAGCCCGCCCCUGGUGCUCCUCUCUUAUCAGAAAAUGACAACAAAGUCCUUUCAACCUUUUUCGACGACAUGACAACUGAUCAUUACAACGUGUCCUACGGCGAGGGUCUACACUUCAGCGAUAAUUGGUUUGAUCUUCCUCCACAGUUUAUGGGAUCUAGUACUUCGUUUGGCCAACAGCCUGGAUCUUCGUUGGGCGAACCGUCAUCGCAAGGGCUUUCUCAUAACAUCCAUGAAUUUCACGGCUUAACAUCUAUGGGAUCCCACAUGAUGCCUCCUCCACCGCCACCCCCGAUCCAUUCACAACACCAGAGCGAGCAUGGGCGUGCCUCUGAUGACGUGAUACUUGCGGCCGCGACUCUCGUUCAAAAUAAUGGUUUAAACCAGCGACAUCAGUCAAAUGGAGUGGAUAAUCCAGUGCAAAGGCCAAUAGGUCCUCCAGUAGGGCACCUCCGUCAUCAGCCAUUGGAAGAGUUUCGCGAAGAACACCGGCGCAGUGUAGCAGCCAGCGAGCAAGAGCACUAUCCGGAUUGGAAUAUGGGGGCCCAUGAGUUGCGCCAGCAUCGAGUACCACCCAUCGAGUACCAGUGGGGUUCCGAUGCCAAUUUCAACCAAAUUACUUAUACUCCAAGCUCAGAGAAGGAAACCAGCGAGUCUCUAUCUAAAGAUCAAUUGGAGAUGCUCAAUUGCCUGGCCCAGAGUCAGAGUGCCGGCAAUACACGGCCUAACAGUCCACUUCAAGCCAAAGCACAACUCCCACAUAGUAGACUAUCUGAGUUCUCGAAAGUGCAAGAGGUAAACACGCCCCCUAGGAAAAGGAGAAAGAGUAGAAACAGCAAGGAUGCGCCAAAUGAUGAGACACAAGACGAGGCCGGUAUCGCAAAGCCUGUUCGAAGGCGAAAACCCAAGGCGGAGCGUGUAGGCUCGAUCACCUCACAUGUCGUCAAUGAGGUUUCUAGCGGAAAGCGUCGAAAGUCGGCGGUCAACGCAGCCAAGUUGUCAAGAGAAAAUCUUUCAGAAGAACAGAAACGCGAAAAUCACAUAAAGAGCGAGCAAAAAAGGCGUACCCUUAUCAAGGAGGGCUUCGACGAUCUAUGCGAGCUUGUUCCUGGACUUCGCGGUGGUGGUUUCAGCAAAAGUACCAUGCUUGCAAUGGCUGCGGAAUGGCUGGAGGAUCUACUUAAAGGAAACAAAGCUUUGGAGGCUCAGAUUACCACUCUGGAAGAACACCCAUGA